CAAUUGAAAGAUACAGGGAAACUAUCGAGAAAUACGCUAUACCAUCCCUGGACUAGUGGGAAACCCGCUUAUAGCCGAAUUACCGAAGACUGGGGAAGGAGUCGACAGUAUUCCCUAACUGUACAUCUCUUGAUAGCCUUUGCUAGCCCCCGGCAAUAUAUGAUUUCAUUCAGUAAAUCCACCAAAUGAAUGAUGCGAAGCCGUGAAACUACGCAGCAGACACCGCCGGCGAGGCAGAGAGCUAAGCGGGCAUGCACAGAAUGCAACACACGCCGAGUACGCUGUGAUGUCGUCUUGCAAGGACAGCCUUGCUCAAAUUGCCAGGCCAGUGGAGGAAAAUGUGAAGUCGUACCAUCAAAAAGGGGGCGUUACCCGCGCAAGUCUCGAGAGCAUCGUGCGUCUACGGGGAUAGAAAAUCCUGCAUCCCCGAGACGUGCUGGACAUAUUGUUACUACUGUGCCAUCAGGGGCGGCUUCGCAACUUCCAACGCCUAAUACUGGCGGAAGCCACAAUUUAGACCCAGACACUACAACUGACCACUAUGCUCCAGCUUCUGAAGAAGGCAAUACCUUCUUCUUCGGGGAAUCAAACCUUCUCACUUAUGUAACAGGAGCACAUACCGGGGACGGACCAACCAGUAAUACAGGAGGUAUUCAAAAACAAAGACUGUCCUAUCCCUGGUCAGCUGACCGUGCGGUCCAUAUGGAGAACACAGCAGGUGGUCAUGUUGAAUCAGAUCGGGAAAAGUUCCUGCGACAGCAAGGUGCACUGACUUGCCCGGACCCUGUCGCCUGCUUGCCUGCUAUUCGGGCGUAUUUUACUUGGUUCCAUCCAUGCUUUCCCAUCUUGGACCGGGUUGACAUAUAUCGCCGACUACAUUCGAUGAACAUUUCGCCACUACUGCUACAGGCCUUGCUGUUCAUCGGCACAAACUAUUGUGAUGAAAAAUCUAUGGUGCCAAUGGGAUUUAAAGAUCGUUCUGAGGCAAAGUAUCUAUUAUACAAUAGGGCAAAACUACUUUAUGAAGCAGACUGGGAACAAGACCAUAUUACAACAUUGCAGGCUUUAUUUCUAAUGAGCUUUUGGAGAGGAAGUCGAAGCAGUGCUCGGGACGUUCGGUACUGGCUAGGAGUAGCGAUAACUCAUGCACAGCUUUGUGGUUUACAUAGAUCAACACGUUUCACGACUAGAGACAGCGAAACUGCCAGACUACGCCGGAGAAUUUGGUGGGCUAUAUAUGUCCGUGAAUUACAGUCAUCCUCUUCUCUGGGCUUACCGCGACGCAUUCGAGAUGAGGAUUGCGACAUCGAAACACUCACACCUGCAGAUUUAGAAGAAGAACAUGACGAGUCUGUCGCAGCCUCUUUUGGAAGGUGUGAGCCAGAACAUGUGGUUUAUGUUAUGAAGAUGACGCACAUGGCUCGAUUGCUUGGAAGGGUUGUUGACAUUCAGUUCGCUCCAGGAAGCCAAUACAAAGCCACGGUUGAAGAACUAGAGACAGUGAAACAGGAUCUGGAGGAAUGGAAAGGUACUUUACCGGACAACAUGCAAAGGGGAGUUGGAGAAGGAAAUUCCUCUGUCUGGUCCAGUUUGCUUAACUUAGCCUACAACCACUUACGAAUUUUAAUUCAUCGAAAUGGCUUUUUACGCAACCCCAGAGGCCAAGACGAUCGCGAUAAGCAAGCUGCUACCGCAGCGGCGAAUCAAAUCAGCAGAAUUGCAGAAGACAUGCUUUCGCAACAGACCAUUCAAUAUGGCCAAAUGCACCUUAUAACGGGCUUGUUCGCGGCUCUUUGUAUACACGUUAUCAACAUCCGAACCACAGACGGGGUAAAUAAGCGAUUAGCAGAAAAUCGCGCUCAGAUAUGCCUACUUGGCCUACACGAGAUUCAAAAAUACUGGCGUAUUAACAAUCUAGUUCUUGACUUUUUCUUCCAGUAUCUCGACGAGUCCACUGCCAGAAUUUUGCUUGCUGCAGAUGCGGACCGUCAUGAUUUCGGAAAGUCUUCGUCUGAUCGACCUCCAACAGUACUUGCAGGAUGUGACGGAUCGACCAUCCCACAAAAUGCCUUGCCUUCUAUACCACAACGAACCUCGACGCCUUUGGCUUCAAUUGCAGACCCAUCUGGUCCUCCUGAGGAUCAAUAUUGGAAUUUUGUCCGAAUGAAUUGUGAUGGUGAUGAAAAUAAUAUAGAUAAUGGUGACCUUGGAUUCCUCUGGGAUGCGCAACUCUAUGCAAAUCUGGAUUUCCUGGAAAAAUGCCUGUAAUAUCUGUUUUACCGCUAUGUGCAUAUGAGUGUUAAACGUAUCAUUAUUUAUGAACAUAUUUUCUCCGAUGAUUAGUAUCUUGU